ACGUCAGAUGGCUUUUCCUGCUUUUUCUGUGCUCCAAACAGUAGCAUAUUUUUAUCACUUUCCCUUUAGAUCACAUGUAUUUCGCUUUUUAUUUCGUUUUUAUUAGGUAUUCAAGUCAGUAGCACCGCGGUGACUUAGAGGGAAACUGUUUUUUAAUGAUUGAUUUCAACGUUAAUCGAAUCAGACUUUGGAUAGAAGGGCUGUUGAAUUACGCGGUGCCAAAUUACGCACAACAACCAGCAGCCACAUCAAACCCUCCAGCUUCUUCUCCUCCACGAGCUCUCAGUGCACACAGAAAAAGUGUGUGCGGGCGUGCAUGUGCGUGCGGGCGUGUGUGUGUGUGUGUGUGCGCGCGCGCGACCGCGCGCGCUGGAUGGGCAGCACCGCUUUUUUCUGUCUUGAUCUGAACUACUAACCAAGUCUUAAGAGAGAUCAAAAUUCAAUCCCGUUCUGAGAAGAAAAAAAAAAAAAGAGAAAUGACGUUAUUUGAAUAUGUGCCCAAAAUCCUUAAUGAAUAACUUAGGACGAGUAGGAGGCAAAUGCUGCCCCAGCUGUUUCCUGUUGAAAAUGUCUGUGUAAUGUAGAUAAAUGUGAGGGAUUUUCUCUCUAAAUCCGACUCCUGUUCGCUAAAUCUCACUUCUCCAAAACGAGCCUGCGCAAUGGAACAAAGUCGGAAUAUUGAGAUGUGACAUUGCCCGCAUCUCAUCCUCUUUCUCCCCCGUUUUUUAAUGACUUCAAACAAGUUCCUUUUCGCCGGGCUUUGUCUCGCGGAGACCCGUGGGGAUGUCUAGCGCUCUUUCCUCUCAGUGGCGUUUAUGUGAUGUCUUCAAGAGUGCGAUGUGCUGCAUCUCCUGUGGCCACACCCUCUCACUACUGCUGUGCGUCCUCAGCCUGACUCCGGCGGCGACGGGGGCGGGUCCAGAGACCCUGUGCGGGGCGGAGCUGGUCGACACGCUGCAGUUUGUGUGUGGAGAGAGAGGCUUUUAUUUCAGUAAACCAGGCUAUGGCCCCAAUGCACGGCGGUCACGCGGCAUCGUGGACGAGUGCUGCUUCCAAAGCUGCGAGCUGCGGCGCCUUGAGAUGUACUGUGCCCCCCCAAAGACCGGCAAACCUACCCGCUUUGUGCGUGCGCAGCGCCACACAGACAUGCCGAGAGCACCCAAGGUUAGUACCGCAGGGCACAAAGUGGACAGGAGCACAGAGCGUAGGACAGCACAGCAGCCAGACAAGACAAAAAACAAGAAGAGACCAUUACCUGGACAUAGUCAUUCAUCUUUCAAGGAGGUGCAUCAAAAAAACUCAAGUCGAGGCAACGCAGGGGGCAGAAAUUACCGAAUGUAGGGAAGGCGCGAAUGGACAAAUGCCCAGCAACUUGGGAAGAGAGAAGGAAUUGGCCUUACCUGGUACCCCUGUGGAAUGGUUCACUGUAAAAGAAAACAGAGGAUGCUAACACAUCUUCUAAAGGUUCUUCAAAAUGAUUGAAACCUGAGAGCUAAGUGGUGUUUAAGGGUUUGAUGAGGGAUCUUGUGAUUAUUUUAUACACUGCACCAUUCCAUAUCGGGAGGAAUUCUUUCUAAAUGCAAGGUAACAGACUAGUUUAGCUGCUGAGACACGAACAAGCGCUUACCUCCGUGUGUGAGCUGCAGCUCCAGCAAAGGUGGGAAACCCAUCGGGACUUCAGCCAAUCAAAGAGCUGCGGGCUGUGUUUAAGAAUGAGUGUCGUGUACCCUGAACUAUUGCAGGGGGUAAAUAUGUUUACUCUGCGAGAGUGGAUUCAUUCACUCCUUUAGUAAGACAGGAUACCAUGCCAGCGGUCCCCGAUUACAGUUAUUACCCCAGGUUGUCUUUAUUCACCGUGCAUUGGCCAGGAUACUUUUAAUAAGUAAAACCAGGUUUGCUUUCAAGGGCAAAGACCGGGUUGCUCUUCAUCAGAGUUCAAACAUUGUUUUAGUGAUUUUACCUUGAGCUUGACUCCCAAAGUGGAGCCCCAUGAAGUUUUGAGUCCAAUCCAAACCCCUCUUAAACCUCAGAAAGCAUUUAGAAGCUGGGGUCUGAGUCCACGAUCCAAACACUUCUACAACAACAGAUCAAGCACCAUCGGAGAGGAUACUCAGGAAAGUGGGAAGUUUAAAACCAGAGAAGAGAAUUGACCCAAAGUUCAACUGAAUUAAGAUUCUCACCCGUCAGUUCAUGGUCCUUUUUGGAAAAGUCAAAAAUGGAUCAUCCAGUAGACUCAAAGUGCAUUCGGCAUAAACUGGUGGAAUAAGUCAACCAGCAACAAUCAGAGCCAAAACCGUGGCCAAAACCGAUUUGUGAACAAUCCAGUUAAUGGUGAUCAACAUAUGAGCCUGUGUUCAAGGUCGAGCUCAUGUCAUGAAAGUUUAGUCAACAAGCGCUCUACAAAGAGUCAAAUAUUUUUCUUGGUCUCAAAGAACACUAUGUUCCUUUUAGUUAGACGCAAAAGAAGGUUCAAUUGCCAUGUAUAUGGGAAAUAUAGCUUGCGAUUGAUUGAUAUUCGAAAGCUAUGGCUUUUGGUGGCUGCUUGGUCUCCAUUGUGCGCCAGCAUGGCGCCAGUCAAACAAUACUCCUCAGCAUCUGUCGCAAAGUCCACCGGAGAGCCACGGAGAUUUUUGACAGACUUGGUAAAUAACAAUUACUUCCUGGAGAUAUGAGCUAGGUCGCACGUAUAACAGAACCCAAACACGCAUUCAAAGCACCCCUAGUGUAAAUGCCAGUUGUGUAACCGUGAGCAAAGGGCGAGCACACACAAACACGAUUCAUAAAAACAACAGUUCUGAGAAGUCCUUGCAUGACGACCGACUGUCACGGCUGUUUGUUCAAGCCUCCGUACGCAUUUACAGUCAUUUUAUCGCACAAACCACCCGAGGCAUCUCAUCUCUGCUUCUGCCUCCCCCAGCCCGUGUAUAAUCAAACAGUACUCCCCUUUAUGUUAACCUAUUACUAUCAUUCAUUGUACAUGAUGGUUCCAUAUAACAAAACUGUAUUAAGAUUCCUAUCCACUGUAUAAUGGUGCUAUUUUGUGGUUUGUUACUUGCAAGAGAUGGCUGAAAUACACAGAUGGCAGGGCUUACAUUGGAGGUCUUCCCUUUUGCACAGCCUUGUGGCCACCAUUUCAAUAGUGUUUUUAUUUGUAAGCGAGUAAAUGUAUCUUGUGUGAAAUCCGUGAAUGCAUGGAGAUUUAAAGAAAAAGAGAAGAUAAUACCAUGUCGUGGUUCCAAGAAGGCAAAAACGCUAUUUUUUUUCUACUGUUUUUGAAUCAUUUCGUCAAUAUGCAUCCCUUCUGCCAAAUAACUUGACGAAAGUACUGUGAACUGUGAUUCUUCCAAUUGUAUUGAGAUUGUUAAAAAGUCAUGGUUUGCUUUCGUCUGUCCUGUGUGUGUCUGUGUGUGUACAGGCACACAGCUGGAAGCCAAGGCGGUCAUUAUCGGUCAUUAAAAACACGCGAGACCACAUAACUGUAGCCACAAGUGGUAAUUACAAGAAAAUAAAAUAUUGAAUUUGCGUUCAUUUCCCAAGAAUCUCUUACGUCAGACACCAUUAUUUUCUUUUUUUUACCAAUACCCAUUGUUUCUAUUAAAUUUUCAAUAACGACAUUAAAGAGUGCGUGACAUCAACGCUGGUUAAUAUCGCACAUCUUCUAGAUUAAGGAACUACUUCCUGCUGGGUGUUUUAAUGUGAAGACACCGGCUAACACGUGGGUUCAGAUUGUGGCGACGGCUUGUGGGUGGGCCCAUGAAAAAUAUAUUUAUAACUUUUGAAUUUUGAUUAAUAAGACAUUAACACACAAUAAAAACGAAACAGAUGUUCACAUUUUGUUAUAAUUUGUUUAAAUUUUAUUAGGGUAUUUGAGAAUUGUACAAAAAAUAAAAGAACACGGUGGGACCGGCAAUCAAAGGAUUUGAUUUUGUGCGUUUUAUUCAGGCAUUUGCCCGGCGUCGUCUGUAGUUUCCAGCUGUGUGGAAUGCUUGUAAUAACGGCUUUCACAAUCUCCAAGUUGAUCGGCUUUUGAUUUUGACCUUUGCAGUCAUGAACGUCAUUGGCAAUUACCACAUUUACAAAAAUAUAUAAUGUUUUAAAUUAUAUCCAACCCCUACUCGGAAACAGCUGAAAGACAUUUCAUUAAAAACACAGCGUUGCUUAAUAGUCAAGUGGAGUUGCGGAAAAUGUGCGACAGUGGUUUUGCUAACGUUACGUUCGCGACAGUGGUUUUGCUAACGUUACGUUCGCGACAGUGGUUUUGCUAACGUUACGUUCGCGACAGUGGUUUUGCUAACGUUACGUUAGCGGAAGCUACUGGUGGGAGAAUGGCUGCGUUUUGUUGCUAAUCAAUUCAAUGUUUUGCUUUGUUGGCGGAGGAGCUGUUUACUUUACAUAGUCUAACCUUGAGAAUGAGCCAGGAGUUUGGUCCUUCAAAUUCAAACCUACUUUAACAGAAUUGAAAUUAAAAAAUGUGUUUUUUGUAAGAGGAUUCAUCAGUGUCAACAAAUUGUAUAAUCAGCCGACCUGGCGGUUGAAAUGAAAAAGAAGUUAGUUGUGGAACAGAUAACAGAACAAACCAAAGACUUUUCCUUAAAAACAAAGCCUCCCCCUUUUCUCCCCCAAAAAAAGCUCACCGUCCAACAAACUGUUUGAUUACAGCGCUGUUAUUUAUGGUGCUUGAUUGCCUUCUGUAGAAAAUAAAUACUGACAAAUUGUUCACCAUUCCUGCUGAAUAAACCACUUGUCAACAUCA